AUGUCCCUCUACUAUGAUGCUGUCUCCGUCCUGACAACCCCUGCCUCCACCGGCGGCUCCUUCAAAUCGCGCAUCUACAACUCCAAGACCCUCAAGUCGUCGCCCGCCCAGGUCUUCGCCCUCAUCACCGAGGCCUCCAAGUGGGAUGUCCUGCUCAAAGAAGUCAUCGAGAAUGCCGGCAUUCUCGCGCUGGAACCCAAGUUGACGCCCUUGCUCGCGCUUCUCCUCGUCCAUGACCAUCUCUUGUCCAAGAAUGGCAUCGCUGCCCCGGCCUCCCAUCCUCUUCGGCAGGCGGUCGAGAGGCACAAGGUCCGCCUCAAGGGUGAAUUCACAAAGGCUCGUGUGCGCCGCGCUUGCGUUUCUCUGGACGACCUCCAAGCCGCAGUUCUGCGUGAGAAAAAAGCCGCAGGUGGAUCUGUCUCCGAGGCUUUGUAUCCGCGAUGGGUGCGCAUCAAUAAUGUCAAGACGACUCUCGAUGCCCAGCUUCAGUCUACAUUUGCUUCCUACGAAAGAGUUGACAGCCUGGCACAAUUGGCAGAGGGCCAGCACCAGCUGUACGUCGAUGUCAAUGUGCCUGAUCUUGUCGCAGUCUCGCCGGGCAUCGACCUCUCAUCCUCCCCCGCCUACAAGCAAGGUGAACUCAUCCUUCAGGACAAGGCGUCCUGUUUCCCUGCAUACCUCCUCCUAGGUGACCGGGAUACAUGUACGCAAUGGGAGGGUGAUCUCAUCGACGGCUGUGCUGCACCGGGGAACAAAACCACCCAUCUUGCUUCGCUUUUAUCUCGCCAGCCCGGCAAGGGACCCGUCAUUUUCUCCAUGGACGCAUCGCCCACCCGAUCGAAGACGCUCCAGAAGAUGGUCUCUUUGGCAGAUGCAGACAAGACCGUGACCGUGCUUGCUGGGCAGGAUUUCCUGGCAUUGGAUCCGACCGACUCGCGCUUUGAACGGGUCUCUGGAUUGCUCCUCGACCCCAGUUGUUCUGGAAGCGGCAUCAUUGGUCGAGACGAUGUGCCCCAGCUGGUUCUGCCAGCCUCGCCUGAGAAGUCAAAAAAGACCGAGACUCGUGGGAAGAAGCGCAAACGACGAGAUGAUGAGAGAGAUUCCGAUACCGUCACUCCCGGAACUGGAACUCAGUCCGCAGCACCCGUUGACACACAGCGCCUGACGAAACUGGCCAAUUUGCAGACGCACAUCGUCGAGCAUGCGCUCCGCUUCCCUGCCGCCAAGCGCGUCACCUACAGCACCUGUUCCAUCCACGUGCAGGAGAACGAAUCCGUGGUGGCGCGCGUCCUGGCCUCGGAGGUCGCAAAGCGUCGGGGGUGGAGGAUCAUGCGACGGGACGAGCAACCGGAGGGGCUGAGGAAGUGGAAGCACAGGGGCGUACGGAGCGGACAGACUGGCGCGGCUGCUGUUGAUCUGUCGGACGAAGAGCUAGACGCUUGCCUGCGCUGCUGGCCGGGCGAUGACGAAGGCACAGGCGGGUUUUUCGUCGCGGGCUUCGUCAGGGAUGAAGACGCUGUUAGAGAGGCGGAUUCUUCGCGGAUCGACGCGAAUCAUCCGGAGCGGUCUGGUAAAGAGGAUGAUGAUGAGGAGGAAUGGGAAGGAUUCUCUGAUUAG